AUGGCUAAAUCGAAACCCCAAGUCGUUGCCUCAAAGGCCACAUACAAGGACAUGAUCGUCUCCGCAAUCUCCACUUUAAAAGAAAGAGCAGGCUCCUCCCGCCAGGCCAUCAAGAAGUUUGUUCUCGACAACUUUGCCGUGAAGGCACCCAACUUUGACUCGUUGUUCAACGCCACGUUGAGAAAAGGCGUGGAGAACGGCGACUUUGCCCAGCCCAAGGGUCCCUCGGGCCCCGUCAAGCUUGCCAAGAAGGAAUUGGCUCCCAAGACCACUGCUGCGAAGGUGACGAAACCUUCAGCUAAGAAGUCUCCUACUAAGACCGCAAAGGUGGUGAAGACGGCGUCCAAGACGAAGAAGGCUGCUACCAAGGCUGCGCCAGCCAAGUCAACCAAGAGCGUCAAGAAGGCUCCUGCCAAAGCUACAACCACCAAGAAGACAACCAAAGCCUCUGCAAAGCUGUCUGCUGCAAAGGCCUCGAAGGUUACUAAACCAAAGACAAAGCCCAGCGCUAAGGCGCCAGCAAAGACGAUCAAGGGGAAAGUGACCAAGCCAGCGGCUAAAGCUGCUCCUAAGAGUAAGACUGCUACAAAAACGUCUAAGACCACCAAGUCGUCGUCGAAGUCCACGUCUACGUCCACAGCUAAGUCCACGUCUAAAGCCACGUCUAGAACGCCCAAGUCGGCUUCAAGAGGAGCACACCGGUCGAGAAUCGUGGCUGCUGCCGCUUAA